UACAUGUAUCUUAAUUUACUUAAAUGCUAAAGCUAUAUGGUUCUAUUUCACAGGUGUAGGAAAAUCAUGUCUUCUUCUACAGUUUACAGACAAAAGAUUUCAACCUGUACAUGACUUAACUAUAGGGGUUGAGUUUGGAGCACGUAUGAUCUCUAUAGAUGGUAAACAAAUCAAACUACAGAUAUGGGAUACUGCUGGACAAGAAUCUUUUCGUUCCAUCACAAGAUCUUACUACAGGGGAGCAGCUGGGGCACUUUUAGUGUACGACAUCACAAGACGUGACACAUUCAAUCAUCUGACCACAUGGCUGGAAGAUGCCAGGCAACAUUCCAACUCUAAUAUGGUCAUAAUGUUAAUAGGUAACAAAAGUGAUCUUGAGGCAAGAAGAGAUGUGAAGAAGGAAGAAGGCGAGGCAUUUGCCCGGGAACAUGGUCUUAUUUUCAUGGAAACCUCGGCUAAAACUGCGGCCAAUGUAGAAGAGGCUUUUAUAAAUACAGCAAAGGAAAUCUACCAGAAGAUACAAGAUGGUGUAUUUGAUAUUAACAAUGAGGUAAAAAAGUGUUAACAUAAUUUCUAUAUUUGUUUUAUUUAAAAGAAUAUUUGGUUACUUUG